UAGCGAAAGUAGACCCGAACGAUCCCAACGCCGACCUAAACGCAGUCCUCGGGAUUACGGAUGAGAAAUGAGUGCGCGCCUAGAGUGAGCUAGGAGGAGAAGGGAGGUGGUUCCUUGUUCUGCAUGUGCGAUAAGGCUGGUGUACUGCGGGAUGGUGACGAGAAGAACCGGAGGAAAAGCGACGUGUACCCCUGUAUUACUUUGUGCCUACUGUACAACAUAGACUUCGCUGGAUGGGCACCUUUCAAUAUCAGACAUAACGUAACUUACAUUAAGCUUGGCUAGGGCAAAGGAGUGAGAGCAUCGUUUUAUUCUAUAUGUG